AUGUCAGCCGAUGAAGAGCAACAACCUGCAACGACCAUGGAGGACCUCGUCUUCGUCACCAUCUCGCACCCCGACGCGAUCAAGGCCAAACACACGCAGCGAUGCAUCCGCCAGCGUGUUAUGCGCGACAUUGGCCGGGCGCGCCGGACACGCCAGGCUCUGCCCAGCUGGGAGCUCGCCGUCGCUGUGCCCCGGGCGCUGGACCCUGCCAACACCGCGUAUUACCCCACGGCCCCCGACUCGCGCGGCCUACAGCUGCUCCAGUUUAUGACCAGUGAGGCUGUCUACCGGCCGUUCCGCGGUGUCUGGUUCGCUGCGGCGCUGACCGACCGCAGCGCCUUUACGCUGUGUCUGGCCAACGCGGCCAUGUUCUGGGACCAGCAGGCACAUCCAGAUGGAUUCCAAUAUACUAGGAGCGCCGAGUGUCUGGCCUACUACGGGGACUGCGUGGCGCAGGUCUCGCGCCGGCUGGCCAGUCCGCAAGAAUGCCGCGGCGCGGGCAUCAUCAAUGCGAUUCUCGGUAUGCUGUGCCAUGAUCUCUAUGUCAGUACGUGGGAGCGCUGGGCAAUUCACGUCGCCGGACUGCAGCGUAUCGUUACACUUCGAGGAGGGUAUCAAGGGCUGGACCUGAAUACACGCCUCUUCAUUCUAUGGUUCGAUGUCCUCGGGUGUGCUGUCCAGGACCUCCCUCCGCGCUUCACGGCAAUGGCCGCCGAUGUCGAGGAGGUGGAUUACAGUUCCCCGUCGCGGUUUGUUCGCUCGCUAGUUGCAGCAUCGACGGACUUUACAGACCUUGCGAUCGCCCUCCGGAGCGUCUGCUCGAUCGCUGCGUUUGUAGAGAGGAACACAGGCCAGCAGCCGACAUUCUGGAGACAGGAGGACAAUGUUAUGGCAAUCAAGCUAUUCAUGCCGGCCACCCGCCUGCUGCUGUCGCUAUCUCGGCCCUCCUCCGGGUUCUUGUCUCCCGUGCAGUCUUCUAAGGAGGCUGCUCGUCUUGCGCUGUUGAUCCUCCUGGCAGCUUUGAAGAGAGAUCUGUUUCUGCUCUCUGCAGAUGAGAUGGUGCCCUUGCACGACAAGUUCGCUACGCUAGUUGAGAGCUCUCCGCCUGCAGGCGACGCUGUCUGCUUGAAACUGUGGCUGUGGGCGCUUAUCACGGUCUCUCUUUGCUGCAGGCCUCACCCGGAUGCAAUAUGUCAAACGAUGCUUCAGCUGGGGAUUUUAACUGGAAGAGACGCCAUCCACUCAAUCAAAGAUAUCAUUUGGAUCGAAGGCUCGCUGUGGCCAACUGAUGCGAUCGAAGACAUAGUAAGGUGA